UAUUAGUUUACUGCCGAACGCCGGCCAGAACGGUCACGUGUCGUCCAUCCUAUUAUUUUUUCUUCUUCUUUUUCUUCUUCUUCUUCUUCUUCUUAAGGGGUUUAUAAUACCCUCCUCCUUCUCACCCCCUACUUGUUGUGUGUAUCGUUUAUUCCAUCUCCUGUUAAUUAAAAGUUGAAAAAAAAAGAAAAACAAACAAAAGAAAAUCGGCCUUUUCAAAGAUUGGGCUAAUGCUGCAACAGCGCAGACGGACGCCAUUUCAAAGAGACUGCACAUAUAGAGACAUCAAAAGCGAAACACACCAAUCACCGCAACAAACCAUUGUGUGGGAGGAGUGUAGGACGGCCUGCAUGUGUGUGUGUGUGUGUGUGUGUGAGUGCGCUGUGUGGUGCUGGUGAUAUCAGCCAGUCGCAUUUACGUCCAUCAGUUUCCGCUCGACGCCUCAACCCUGCGGAUGAAAACGUAUUUAAACAAAAAUCAAUCAAUCAAAGGAGGUAUGUGUGUGUGGGGGGAGGGGGGUCCGUAUUUCAGCGAAACUUGCCAUCUGAUCAUAUUAUGCAUAUGAUUAUUUUCGAGUUUUGAACUUUGAACGUUUUUAACGGAUCAUUUGACACGCCGUUUUGAAAAUAGUUUCGCUUCGUGUGCGUCCGGCUUCAUUUGAUGUGCGUCCGUGCCAGUGUCCAGCUGCGUCCAUUCGAACGCACCAAUUAGUUGCAAACAAAAAAGAGAGGAUUUUUCGAAUAGUGAACGCUCAUUGAUUUGUGAGCUGUGCAUUCAAUUAUCGCAGUGAUGGAAUCUUCGACUAAAAUCAAAAACACGACAGUCAUCAGAUCGGCGUCCACGUCGCCCACUGAUUUAUCGCUGUGCAACUCCAAACGCAAAUCGAUUUCGCAUCAAUCGUCCAGCAAUCACCACCACCACCACCAUAACAACAACAACAACAACAACAGCAAACGAUUCCGAUUAUCGGAAGCUGGCGAAUCGGCCGGCGAAUCCGAACAGAGGGGCAGGUCUCUGAAAAGCACGGCUCUUCCAGCUUCCUCUUCGGGCGCUAGUUCGCCCAGCCGGGCCAGCAUCGAGAGUCACGCGGCUGCUAAAAUGCUGGGCAUGCCCGAUCAGAACACGGCCUCCAUGCUGGCCGCCAUGGCUUUCGUAACGCGAGCCCGAUCGAGUUUCAUGAUCGGCGACAUUCUCAAUUCAUCCAGAUGGACUGACCCGGCCUCGCAGCCUCAACAGCACGGCCAGCAGCACGGCCAGCAUCAUCAUCAUCCAUUGCUGGGAGCUUAUUCUCACCAUCAGGGGGCGUCUCAUCAAGCUGCAACGGCGGCUGCCCUGAUGGCCGCUUCGGCCGCCGCCCAUCAUCACGUGCCGCAACACCUCAAUCAGCUACCGCACGGGCUGCACAACCUUCAUCAUCACCAUUUAUUGCAGCAUCCGUCCGUGAUGGAGGCCGUCCACCACCACCAGAGCGGCGGAGGCGGUGGUCAUCACCAUAAUCUUCUUAGGCAAAGAGACACGCACAGCAAAUCCGAAGAGGAAGAGGACGCUGAUUCAGAGGUGGACGUCGAAUCGAAUGCCAGUUACAAUAGCCGUCAAACCAACAGUUUGACAAAUAAGGAGGACGGAAACGACGAGGAAACGGACGACGAGGAAGAGGAGGAGCUGAGGAAUGCCGUCGGUGGUAGCGGCAAGGUUUCGGCAGGCCUAGAAGGAGCGGCCGGCAAGAGCGGAGGCGGCGGAACAGGAGGCCAUGCAGGAGCUGGCAAUUCUUCAUCGCGACCCGCUUCUUCGCCACCGUCUCCGUCGUCCUGCGGCCGGAAGCAGCGCAAAGCUCGGACGGCCUUCACCGAUCACCAGCUGCAGACGUUAGAGAAGAGUUUCGAACGUCAGAAAUACCUCAGCGUUCAGGACCGGCUCGAACUGGCCGCCAAACUCAGCCUGACCGACACUCAAGUGAAAACUUGGUACCAAAAUCGCAGAACCAAGUGGAAAAGACAGACGGCCGUGGGAUUGGAGCUGUUGGCAGAAGCCGGGAACUACGCGACGCUGCAGCGUCUGUACGCCGGAUCUGCGGCCGCAGCCGCCGCCGCAGCCGCUGCUUCGUCACCGUACGCUCCUUGGGGCUAUCCAGCCGGACCGCAUCUCAACGCCUUACCUUCCAGUGCUUUGGAUAUGUAUUACCGACAAGCGGCGGCGGCUUUGAGUCAACGAGUUAGUCCAACGGCUCUGCAACAACAAGCGCCUAGAGGAGGGGCUUUUCCGUCAUCAACGGCAGCCGGCCCAGCGGGCGUGUUGUCUCUGCCGGCCAACAAUAGUCCCGGACAGCGAUCGUCCACCUCAUCAUCGCUGUUGAGUAAUUCGGCGGCAGUGGCUACGGCUAACAACAAUCUCAGCCGGCCGUCUAGUGUUGAGAAAACCUAACGACAUAUUAUUACAAAUGAAAUUGAAAAAAUGGAACAAAAAAAAAAAAAAUUAAAAAUUAAUAAAUAAUAAAUAAUAAAUGAAUAAAAUAAAUAAAUAGCCUCAAGCAUUCCUCCUGACAGAUUCGUUCGUGAAUCUCGACGAAAAAAAAAAACCAACAACAAAUCCCGAUGAGAACCAAGUUCUUUUAUUUCGGAAUUUUUUCUACUACAAUCUCGUUUUUUUUUCCUUUUUUUUUUCUUUUUAUAAUUUAAUUUUGAUGAUGAAACAAACAAAAAAUUGCGCAAUUUCCCUCUGAAAAAAAAAAAUAAUGUUUUUUUGUUUUUUUUUUGUUUUUUGUUUUUGGUUUUUUUUUGUGGGUGAUUUGUUUAGUUAUACAGCGUCAAUGUUUGUGUUUGUUUAAACCUAUUUAGAUAUUUUUUAAAAAAUCGACGUGUGUAAUGUGUCCGUGUUAUUUGUUUGCGUUGAUUCAUGUUUUCUUUUUUUUUUUUUGUUUUUUUUUAGUUAAUUAUUAAUAAGGCUAUACAGCAGCCUGGAGGGUCGGUUCAAAAAAAAACAAUUGUGGCCCGCUAUCAAACAAAGAAGAAAAGGUCACGUGUAUCUACUUUUUAUUUCGAAAAUAAAAGGUUGUGAAAACGUC